CACCAACUGAAUGAGCACAAGGAAAGGCUCAUUACUCUUGGCUUUUCCAACAUUACAAUGGAUCACCAUACACCAGAAUGCAACUGCACAUCAAAUGUGUGUUCCAUGUUUUCACAAGGAAUAUACUACUUAUAUCCAUUCACUAUUGAGUAUCAUAUAUUAGCCUCUACAAUGCUUUAUGUCCUAUGGAAAAAUAUUGGGCGCCAUGUAAAAAACACCAACAACAGCAGAAGAUUCACUUCAAGUUCCAUGGUAUAACAGCCGGUACCAUACUGGGGCUGAUAGUUCUUACAACCACUAUCGCUGUCCUGGUUGUGUAUCUCAUCCAGAUUGGACGUUCAAAGAGCAAAAGUGAACUUGCCCUAACCAUG